UUCCCAAUUGCCGCUUCUUAAGGAGCUCUGGCCGAAGUCGGUCCUCGUUGCCUUCUCACGUCUCUCUCCGUUCUUUCUUCUGGUUUUCAUCUCUCUGUACUGGGAAUAUGUUAGAAUUCGAUUAAUUCUGCUACUCACCAACUUUCUAUCGGUGAAACGGGAGGACAUAGGAGUGGUCUGCCACCUUCUUCUAAUAAUUGGAAAGAAAGAAGAAGAAGAGGAAGAGUGGAGUAUAAUUAGUAGGGGUAUCAUCAAUGUGCAGGAUCAUUAUCAACAUAUAGAACCUUGCAAACUCUCAAGACAUGGCUGGAACAGCUGAUGGUAGUGGCAAUUCAAGUUUCCCUCGUGUUGUCCUCAAUGAACGCAUACUUUCUUCCAUGUCGCGGAAGUCUAUUGCUGCUCAUCCAUGGCAUGAUUUAGAAAUAGGACCUGGAGCUCCUGCAGUUUUCAACUGUGUGGUUGAAAUUGGUAGAGGUAGCAAGGUUAAGUAUGAGCUAGACAAGCAUAGUGGUCUUAUCAAGGUUGAUCGUGUUCUUUACUCUUCAGUUGUGUACCCACACAACUAUGGCUUCAUCCCUCGGACUAUCUGUGAGGAUAGUGACCCCAUGGAUGUGCUCAUAUUGAUGCAGGAGCCAGUGCUGUCUGGUUCUUUUCUGCGUGCCCGUGCUAUUGGGUUGAUGCCAAUGAUUGAUCAGGGUGAGAAGGAUGAUAAGAUAAUAGCUGUCUGUGCUGAUGAUCCCGAGUUUCGUCACUACAAGGACAUCAAAGAGCUUCCUCCUCAUCGCCUUGCUGAAAUCCGCCGCUUCUUUGAAGAUUACAAGAAGAAUGAGAACAAAGAAGUUGCAGUCAAUGACUUCCUUCCAGCUGAAGAUGCCAUCAAAGCAAUCCAAUAUUCAAUGGAUCUGUAUGCUUCCUACAUCGUUGAAUGCUUGAGGCAGUGAAUUUUUCCACCAAAUCACUCUGCAACACCCGAUUACGCAUCGAUAUAUCAUUAGCAAACAUAUGCAGUCCAUGCAAUAUAUAAUGUUUCUAACUCUGCUCGUUUCUGAGAGUAUCUUGGAACUCAUGUACUUAUUCUAUUCUGAGACAUAACUUUUGCUCCUUUUUCUGCUCAUGGUUGUCCAAAUAAUUACCGUCGCUUUGCUUGCGGUUAUUAGAA